AUGCGGGCCCUACUUACUCUGCUUGAAGUCACUCUUUUAGUGACGGCUAUCAAAUUUGAGCAAACACCCCAAGCCCCCCAAUAUGCAAACCCCGAUCAAUAUGGAUACCGAAUGUGUGCGUCCUGGCAACUGUCCGAUGGUACCCCACUUUACAGCUCUUGUGACCCAUUCAGAACAAGUCGAUGUGGAGUUCAAUUAGAAUUUGAUUACCGUUGUUGCAGUGGUUUCCAACAUAGCCAAGAAUCUCUCGGUGGUGAUAAUAAUCCUUGUGCUAAAUUGAUUCCACAAUUCAACGACUGUCCAUCAGUUAUUGAAAGUCUUGGUUUCAGAAAAUUUGCAUCAUAUCUUAAAUCUCGACCUGAGCUAACUCAGAAAAAUGGUCAACCAUAUACCAUCUUUGUGCCACUUCCUGAGGACGGAUCAAGCCUCGAUCGGAUUUAUGGAAGUGACACAAAUGCUGUAUCCUACCAUGUUGCUAAGGGACGCUACUAUGCUGACGAUUUAAAAAAUGGUCUCAAAUUGGAGUCUCUCUUCAACAAUCAGCCGAUUGAAAUUACACGAACUACCUGUGGAAGCGUAAAUGUCGAAUGUUCAGAAAUUAGCCAGGCUGAUUUUGAAUGCGGAUCUGGUCUUAUUCAUAUCAUCAGACGACCAUUAAUUCCAAGAUCGGGUCUCAGGGGAUUGGACAAGUCCUCUGUGAUGAAUCUUCUCAGGACCAAUCCCGAAACCCGUGAAUUUGCCAACGAUCUUCCAUCAGAUCUACAACAAGAACUGGGUCGAGUCGAAUCUGGCAAAUUCUACACUGUUACCGCCCCAACUUCAACCUCUUGGUCUGCUCUACGGAGUCGUUAUAAUAAAGAACAGCUGCAAAUUAUUGCAGCAUCGCACGUGAGUCCUGGAUACAAGUGCACCUCCAAUCUUGUCAAGAGAGAGCAGCCUUAUCAAGACAUUAAGGGGCAGCAAAUGAGUGUUGUGUGCAGUGUUAUUGGUUCACGGGAAGUUCGAAAAAUUAUCGACGCUUGUGGAGAACAACAUGAGUUCAUCGAUGAGCAAUCCGAUCAAGUUGCUGCAAAUGGCGUCGUUCAUGUUAUCAAGGAUGCAGCAAUUCCAACUUCACUUCUGACCUUGAAGGACUUUAUCGAUCGCCCCGAAUGCGCUAAGCACCUUAAAAUCGAUCGAUUUAUGGAGUAUAUUAAAGACUGCGACUUGUACAUGAAUGAUGCCGAUCAGUACGCAGUCAUUGCUCCAGAAAAUCAGGCUUUUGACUGGUGGAGCAAAUAUCCACAGUUUAGAGAGGAAUGGCAGCGCUUCCAAACUGACAAGGAAUACCGAUGUGAAACAGCUCGCUACCACAUUGUGAAGCAUAAUGGAAACUUGAAGUAUAUAACUGAAUUUUCCGGUCAUACCGAAGGUCAUCGAAGCAAUAAUAAAAUGAAUUAUCUUUAUGAAACGUCCUAUCUCAACAAGGGAAAGAUGGGUUCAACUUUCUAUUGGCACUAUGCCCCAGUCAAUAGUUUACAACCAAUACAACUGAAAGGUUAUUCCAUCUAUAGGACUUCAAGGGUGAAUGUUAUGCCGGAAAGAAACAUCACGGAUAUUCUGGAGGGACGUGGAGACCUCUCACACAUGAACAGUAUCACUAAAAUCGCUAAAAUGGAUGAAAAUGUAUUCAGAAUAAAUGCACCGAAGAAUCUAUAUCUUGUUCCUAAUGACAAAGGAUGGAUUGAUAAGAGAUCAGCUCAGUUGAAUAAAGAACUCCUGAGUUCUGAAUUGGCUCUCUACGAAGGCCAGCCUAUUCUUGCGGAGAACUUUGCUAAGCUGAAUACCGUUCCGCUCUACCUGUGGGGUGGUGACAUUGGCUACUUCGAAAGGAACUCAGUACAUCGAUUUAUGUCAGCCGCUGGAAUCGAAUUAAUCUUCUGGAUGGAUAAUUCCGGGGUUAUGCGAAUUGGUUACGAUGGUUUGGCGGUGAGUGAAUGGCCAAAAGUUGUGGAAUUCAAUCUUCCUGGCCGUGAUGGAAUCACGUGGGUUUUGGAUGGUUUCCUGAAAUGUCCAAACAGUCUUUGCGCUUUGCAGUUGGAAGAUCGGGACACUUACACAUUCUACACUGCUGCCUGUCAAACCCACGACCUUCCCGGUGAAAAGGAUGUUAGAAAAGCCUUCCAGAUUCAGCCGACAGAAAUUGCCAAACGACAUCCAGAUUUGUGUGUGGUCAUCAAACAAGGCGAGGUCACUACGGUCAAGGAUAUAUUCGAGGAUUUACCAGCCACUAAGCAUGAACACUAG